AUUUAAUAAGUAUCUGACCGGUUGGAGAGCGGGCGCGUCUCUAACUUGUUAUAAUGGCUGGCAAGUUUUUGCUAUGCCUCGUGUUCUUGUGUAUAGUAACUGAUUAUUCGCAAUGCAAAAGAUUUGGAUCCAGUUUUGGCCGUGGAUCAAGUUCAGGCGGCAGGGGUUGGUUUAGCUCUGGAAGUAAACCAUCUAGCACGUCGAGUUGGUCCAGUUCAGGAAGCAAACCUUCUAGCUCCUCUAGUUGGUUCAGUUCAGGAAACAGUGCACCCAAGUAUCCCUCAUCAUCUUCUGGAUUAUCUGGUUUUGGGAGCAGUGCACCUAAAUACCCCUCAUCAUCAUCUGGAUUAUCUGGUUUUGGCAGCAGUGCACCCAAGUACCCCUCAUCAUCUUCUGGACUAUCUGGAUUUGGAAGCAGUUUACCUAAUUACCCCUCAUCAUCUUCUGGAUUAUCUGGAUUUGGCAGCAGCGCACCUAAAUAUCCUUCAUCUUCUUCUGGAUUAUCUGGUUUUGGAAGCAGUGCACCUAAGUACCCCUCAUCAUCUUCUGGAUUAUCUGGAUUUGGAAGCAGCGCACCUAAAUAUCCUUCAUCUUCUUCUGGAUUAUCUGGUUUUGGAAGCAGUGCACCUAAGUACCCCUCAUCAUCUUCUGGACUAUCUGGAUUUGGAAGCAGUGCACCCAAUUACCCCUCAUCAUCUUCUGGAUUAUCUGGAUUUGGAAGCAGCGCACCUAAGUACCCUUCAUCAUCUUCUGGACUAUCUGGAUUUGGAAGCAGUUUACCUAAUUACCCCUCAUCAUCUUCUGGAUUUUCCGGAUUUGGAAGUACUGUUCCUAAGUAUCCUUCAUCAUCAACAGGCUUAUCAGGAACAGGAAGUAAAUAUCCAUCGACUAGCUGGUCAGGUACUGAUACUCAAAAACACUACUAUCCUACUUCUUCUAACGUACAUCAUUCAAGCAAUACUGGAUUUGGUCUCAAUAAUUACGGUACCCAUAACUAUGGGCACGGGACUCCAAGCCGUGGGUUUUUCAACAGUCCAACAUACUAUACUGCGCCACAGCACGUCUACAUUACUGAAUACCGUAAUUCAGGCAGCCGGUACAGUGAUCUGCUAACUGGUUUAGCGUUAUAUAAUAUGGGCCGUUCACAUAGCCACCACAACCAUUAUUACUACAACGAUGAUUAUUACAGACGGAGGUAUAACACUGAAUCCACUUCGUAUGAUACACCGAAAGAUGAGGCUACCUGCAAUUUGAGGAUCAAAGAGGAUAAUAAAGUUGAAUUACUUAAAAUACCAUGUGAAAUAGUAUCCACUUUCACAGAGGGGAGCAAAAAAGUGGCACAGGAGACGUUCACACAAACAUUAUGUGUAUCAAAUUAUACAGUGAUUGAAAAUACACUUCCCAUAUCUGCAGCUCCAAUUGUAAACAUUACUGUACCGAACAAUGCUUCAACCCAUAUGCCUGAAGUAUCAUUAAAAUUCCUGACAAAUGUGACUGGUUCCAUAGUUAACGCGACAACACUAUUAAAUGCUACAUCCCUAUUGAAUGCCACACUUUCACCUUCCACUGAAAGUAAUGCCAUAGCAUUAAAAUUCCUGACAAAUGUGACUGAUUCCAUAGUUAACGCGACAACACUAUUAAAUGGUACAUCUCUAUUGAAUGCCACACUUUCACCUUCCUCUGAAAGUAAUGCCACAGCAAUGAAUUCCACGUUAUCAAAAGCAAACGAGACUACUAUAUCUACUACUGCAAGUGCUGCAAAUUCAACGAUAUUUAGACAUACGACAUCCAAUAUAACAGUAAUAAAUGCCACAAGUUGUACUGUUCAAGCCGAUCCCUUAGCAGUUAAGGGGCCGCCGGUGAAUGCUAACAAAAUGGAGUGUGAAGUAGACAUUAUUACUAAAGAUUCGAAUGUUUUAAGAAGCAAAAUUGAUUGCAGCAUCUUGCUACAAUACGCGAAAAUGCCGGAACCCAAAAAGGAAACCAGUGCUAUUUUGCCUUCAAGAACUAAACUAAAAUCUUGGCUUUCUAAUCCGCCUUGGUGGAUGUCAUUAUUUAUUGCAAUAUAAAAUAGUUAACUUAUAUAAUAAUUAUAAUAGUAAACUUAUGCAGUUCUUCCGCCGAAAAGUUCCUUAGUCAUUUGCAUUUACAUUUUUUGUUUUUUGUUUUUGUGAAGUAAAACUUAUUUAUGCACACUUGACUUGGGGAGUAAGCUUGUGAAUCCGUUACGAAAAGUGUAAUCGGGUAAGGCGAACGGACGUUGAGAGGGAGUGCUAAAGAAGUUUUACUUCAGUCGUGUGGAAGCAAACUCGUUUUUUUAUAGCU